UUGGGGGCUUUCACACCUAAUAUUAAAAAAAACAUGUUCUUUUCUUCACCUUUUUAAACAAAAAAAUCCCCUUUCCCUAUAUAAAUAAGUAAAACCCUAUCCUGUUCCUAUAUGAUCAUCUUGUCAGUCAGCAGGAUGCCAUUGACUGGAUUGUAGUAUAACAAGAUGGAUGAUGCAUAUCAGCAUUUGCAUCACCUUCAUCAAUCCUCUGCUUGGUAUGUUGCUGUCACUCCCUGUGAGCCUGUGGCCAACUGAAUGAAAAAAAAAAGGAAAAAAAAACAAGCCUUUUUCCCAGCAGCAGGACAGCCACUGGCGCGCACAUCGAUCCAUCGAUCACCACUUCACCACCAAGAGCCGAGCAAAAAAGCUAGCCGGAGAAGAAAACCAGGAGGCGGCGGCGGCGGCGGCCGGCGACGAGGGAGAAGCAGUCGCAUGCGGCCACUCGGCGGCCAUCCGGUCGCUCUCGCCGUGACAGCAGCAGCAGCAAUUGCAACUCGCCGAGCUCAUCCAAGACAACCCUAUCCAUGAGGCAACCAUGCUCUUGCUCAUCAACAAGUACCUGUCCAGGAGCAAGAACCCGGCAGCCGGCGACGACAAGGAGAUGCCACCGCCGCCGCCGCCACCGCCGGCGAACGGAGCGGAGCGUGAGUUCAUGUGCAUCCCCGGCUGCGUGCCGGUGCGCGUCAAGAGGGGAACCACGACGACGACGACGACGACGACCACGGCGAGGACGUCGCGGCACAAUUUCGUCAAGUCGGCGGCGUCAGGGCUGUUCCCCGGCGCGCAGUUCACCAACCACGAGUCGCUCCCGGCGAUGGAGGAGGCGUACGCCGAGUUCGUCGCCGCGUUCCCGCAGUACGCCGGGCUCGCCCAGGCCGACGCCAUCAGGGACGGCGAGUACCAGCACCUCGACCGCCACGUGUGCCUCGACUACACCGGCAUCAACCUCUUCUCCCACGCGCAGAUGAACUCGUCGGUGCCGUCGACGUCGGCCACGCCGCCGGCGUCGUCGUCGGGCGCGGCGUGGCAGCCGCCGUUCUUUGACAUCGCGUACAAGUCCACGAGCCUGCGGUCGCAGGUGCAAUGCGGGGACGACGUCGCGGCGGCGUCCGCGGCGGGCGGGAUCGGCGGCGCCGUGACGAGGCGCGUCAUGGCGUCGCUCAACAUCCCCGACGACGAGUACGCCAUGGUGUGCACGGCGAACCGGACCACCGCGUUCCGGCUGCUGGCGGAGUCCUACUCCUUCCAGCAGCACGGCAAGCGGCUGCUCACCGUGUACGACUACGAGAGCGAGGCGGCGGGCGCGAUGGCGGAGAGCGCGCGCCGCCGCGGUGCGGAGGUGAUGUCGGCGACGUUCGCGUGGCCGGGCAUGCGCGUCCACGCCGCCGACCUCCGCAAGAAGCUGCUCCGCGGGAGGCGGCGCGGCGGCGGCGGCGGGCACCGGAGGGGGCUCUUCGUGUUCCCGCUGGUGUCGCGGAUGACGGGGGCCAGGUACCCAUACCUGUGGAUGAGCGCGGCGCACGAACAAGGGUGGCACGUCGCGCUCGACGCGUGCGCGCUGGGCACCAAGGACCUCGACACGCUGGGCCUCUCCCUCCUCCGCCCGGACUUCAUCGUCUGCAACUUCUUCAAGGUGUUCGGCGAGAACCCCUCCGGCUUCGCGGGCCUCUUCGUCAAGAAGUCCAGCCUCGCCGCGCUGGAGCGCUCCGUCAUCGCCCGCAGCAUCGGCAUCGUCAGCAUCGUCCCCGCACGCCGCUGGUCGCUCCACGACGGCUACUCCACCGAGCUCGACCCGGUCGCCGCGGCGGCGGACGACCUCGACACCACCAGCUCCUUCUCCGGCCCACUCAGUGGCACCCUCAUCGCGCUCACACUCAAGAACGUACCGGAGAUGGACGCCGCAGGCGAGGAGAACGGCCACUCGCCGGAGAUCCGCGAGGCCGAUCCGCCGCCACCACCACCGCCAAUAAUGGAGGUGGAGUGCAGGGGGCUGGACCACGCGGACGCGCUGGGGCUGAUCGCCAUAGGCAACCGGCUGAGGUGCAUCAGCAACUGGCUGGUGGUGGCGAUGCAGAAGCUGCGGCACCCGCAGUCGGAGCAGGGGAAGGCGCUGGUGCGGGUGUACGGGCCGCGGGUGAAGUUCGAGCGGGGGCCAUCGCUGGCGUUCAACGUGUUCGACUGGAAGGGGGAGAAGGUGGCGCCGCCGCUGGUGCAGAAGCUCGCCGACCGCCACAACAUCUCCCUCACCUGCGGCUUCCUCCGCCACAUCUGCUUCUCCGACAAGUACGACGCCGACAGGGCCGCCGUCCUCGAGCACAUCGACGGCGGCGGCAAGAGGAAGGACGCCGCCGGCGAGAUGGGGAUCUACGUGGUGAACGCGUCGCUGGGGUUCUUGACCAACUUCGACGACGCCUACAGGUUGUGGGCGUUCGUGGCCAAGUUCUUGGACGCCGAUUUCGUGGAGAAGGAGCGGUGGAGGUACACCGCGCUCAACCAGAAGACGGUGGAGGUGUAGCCGACAUGUCCAUCCACCUUCAGCUUCCACCAUUGGUACACUUCACUGUCACUGUCACUGUUCGCCAUUCUUUUGGGAUCAGCUCGAUCGGCUGUGCAGAGCUGCUCCGUCCAUUCUUUGUGUGAGAGAGGCUCGCUCCAGUGUGUUCAUGAUUAUACUGUAAAAUGUAGUCUUUGCUUCCUUAGAAAAAAAUAUGUGCCUAUUACUUGUUCGCUAUACUGAAAUCAUUUGGUUGCCAUCUCCAGGAUA